CUCCAUUUAUUUCUUGAAGCAAAAGACACCGAGCGAUCUGAAAGAAUAAAAUUGAAGAAGGCGUACCCAGAGCUCACUUUGCACUUUAGCUCUAGCUCCACGCCCUAAAUUUGCUCAUCUCUCUCUCUUUCUCUCACUGACCCAGACGCAUUCACCAUGACCAAGCAGCAUGCUAACUGGUCCCCCUACGACAACAAUGGCGGAUCCUGUGUCGCUAUUGCGGGAGCCAAUUACUGUGUGAUUGCGGCCGAUACUCGGAUGUCGACUGGUUACAGUAUUCUCACCCGCGACUAUUCUAAGAUCUGCAAAUUAGCAGACAAAGCUGUAUUAGCCUCGUCUGGUUUUCAAGCUGAUGUGAAAGCAUUGCAAAAGCAUUUGGCUGCUAAGCACUUGAUCUAUCAGCAUCAACAUAACAAACAAAUGAGCUGCCCUGCAAUGGCUCAACUACUUUCCAACACACUUGUUUUGGGUGGUUUAGAUAGUGAAGGUAAGGGCUGUGUCUUCACAUAUGAUGCUGUUGGUUCCUAUGAGAGGGUUGGAUAUAGCUCCCAAGGUUCCGGGUCUACACUCAUCAUACCCUUUUUAGAUAAUCAGUUGAAGUCGCCUAGCCCUCUCUUAUUGCCUGCUGUGGAUGCCGUUACACCACUUUCUGAAGCAGAGGCAAUAGAUUUGGUUAAAACUGUUUUUGCAUCAGCAACAGAGAGAGAUAUAUACACUGGUGACAGGCUUGAAAUUGUCGUUCUAAAUGCUGAUGGCACUCGGUAUGAGUACAUGGAACUGAGGAAAGAUUGAUGCCUACCCCGGACCAUGCUGCCGGUUUUGACCAGAGCUGAAAAUGUCAUCUAUUCCAGGUCUUCAUAUCUCGAAAUGGCUUGUUUAUUAUGUUGCAAAGUUUCAGUUUGUACUCAACUUCCCCUAUUACGGUGAAACAUUUAAAGCAGUAAACAGUCGAGAACCAUUUCUGUACUGAUAUUUUCUUUGUGAACAAAGUAAGUUAUCCACCCCUGCACCAUUUCUUUUA